AUGCAGGGCUCCGCGCGUGCGAGAAGGGCGAUUCUGGUCAAAUGGCGUAGCAGACCCAAGACACGCCAAGAGGUCAGCUACAACUCUGGGAUCAGCGCGUGCGAGAAGGGCGAGCAGUGGCAGCGCGCUUUGGCGCUGCUCAGCGAGAUGUGGGAGGCGAAGGCGAAGCCCGAUGCCAUCCUUGAGUGCCAGGGCGUCAACAGGCGCUGCGCCGGCGCCGCUGCAGUGCCUUCGUCGCCGCUGUGCGUCCAGCGGAAGGACGAGAUGCAGGACAACUGCUUCUGCCUCUUCCGCUUGAGCUUCCGCCUCUUCCGCCUGCUGUCUCUGAGUGGAGCCGACACUCGCGCCUUCAACAAGGCGGGUGCAGCUGAAACGGAGCAGGAGCAGCUAGACAUGCAGGAGGACGUCUUCGACGCCACCCUCGCGCCCCUGGUCGACGAGGUGCUGGCGGGGUACGAGGCCACCGCCUUCGCCUACGGCCAGACCGGCACCGGUAAGACGUACACGAUGGAGGGCGACCUGGAGACCGACGAGGGGCGCGGCCUGGUCCCGCGCACCGCCGCCGCCGUGAUCGGCGCGCUGGCCAGCGAGAUCUACACCGAGUACUCGAUCACCUGUUCUUACUUGGAGAUCUACAACGAGGAGCUGAGCGACCUGCUGGCGCCAGUCAACCAGCCCGCCGCGAAGCUCGACCUCAAGGACGUGCCCGGCAAGGGCGUCUGCUGCAUGGGCCUGUCGGAGGUGCCCGUGGAGUCCGUGGACGAGAUCCUGGCGCUGGUGCACCGCGCGCAGGAGCGGCGCCGGGUAGCGGAGACCCGCGUGAACGCGCGCAGCAGCCGCUCGCACUGCCUCUUCACGAUGCGCGUGCGCUGCCGCCGCACCGUCAACGGCGGCGAGAUGGAGAACAGCGGUAAGCUCCAUCUGGUGGACUUGGCUGGCAGCGAGUGCGCCAAGACGGCCUCGGGCACCGCAGAUGCUGCCGCAGGCAAGGCGCCGCCGGCGACGCCGCGGGGAGGCGAGACCGAGCGCGAGCGGAAGAACAUCAACCAGAGCCUGCUGACGCUGGGACGGGUCAUCACCGCGCUGCGCGACGGCUCCGGCCGCGUGCCCUACCGGGACUCGAAGCUGACCCGCCUGCUGCAGGAUGCCCUCGGGGGCCGCUGCAAGGAGGGCGCUUUUCUUCGUCCUGCGGCCGCGGCCGCGGGCCUCUCUGCCUGUCGACGCCUCCUCCCGCUCGCUUGUGCCUUGAGCAGUGUGGGCAGGACGAGGCCGAGCGAGUGGGGCUGA